AUGCCCGUGGUUGCGGCGUCUGGGAGAGGUCGUCGCAAGGUCCGGUUCCCCGCAGGGAACAGCUCCAACAACAGACUGCAGAAUAAGACGACAGCUCACAACAACAACAAUAGCAGCAGACUGCAUCCUGCAUCAGGUCAGAAACACAGCAUGGCAGCCACUGCAGCUCAAGAGCUUCGCAUCCCAUCGAUAUUCCGAGAACUGCCGCAACUGCGCGAUCUCUUAACCACGCAGACGAGCACAGUCCAGGAUGAGACGGUCGAAAAAUGCCUCCCUCUUCUGCGAGGCACAGAUGGUUCUCUGAGAGGCAAUGUGAAUGAACUAGGGCUGGCUCAUCUGUUAAGAGAUUACCAUAUCGAUUACCUCUACGAUUCUCUGGAAGACUACCCCGAAACUUUUGUCAGUCUGGACUCGAGUCGCCCGUGGAUGUCGUAUUGGGCUCUUGCGUCCUUGACGCUUCUUGGAGAAGAUGUCAGCAAGUAUCGCGAGCGGGUGAUAUCGACCAUUUCCCCCAUGCAGAAUGACACCGGUGGCUUUGGAGGCGGCCACGGUCAGAUGUCUCAUUUGGCGUCGAGCUUUCCAGCAGUCCUGUGUCUCGCAUUGGUAGCGGGCCAAGCUGCAUACAAGCUAGUCGACCGUAGAGCAAUGUGGCUUUGGCUCGGGAAAUUGAAGCAGCCCGAUGGAGGCUUCCAGCUUGUUGCAGGUGGCGAGGAAGAUGUCCGACAGGCAUGGAGGGGUGCAUAUUGCGCCAUAGUGAUCAUCUCUCUUUUGGAUUUGCCACUCGAAUUGCCUCCAGAAUCCGAAGCGCGCAAGCACGGUUUGCACACAUUCGUCAGCGGCCUUCCGGAAUACUUGUCCAGAUGCCAAACGUAUGAAGGCGGGCUCUCCGGGAAGCCAAGUGCGGCAGAGGCUCAUGGCGCAUAUGCGUUUUGUGUUUUGGCUUGUCUGUGUAUCCUUGGAAAGCCGGAUGAAAUGAUUACAAGGUACAUGGAUGUUCCUCUUCUACUAUCCUGGCUCUCGGCCAGACAGUAUGCCCCAGAAGGCGGAUAUUCCGGUAGGACGAACAAACUGGUGGACGGCUGCUACAGCCAUUGGGUUGGAGAUUGCUGGCCACUGGUCCAAUCUGCUCUGAGAGGCGCAACAGACUCGGCUCCUUCAGUAGACAGCAACUUGUACAGCCGUGAAGGACUGGCACGGUACAUUUUGAACUGUUGCCAGAACAAGAUAGGCGGACUCCGUGACAAACCAGGAAAACAGCCAGACUCAUAUCAUACCUGCUACACAUUGACGGGGCUAAGCGGACUCCAGCAUCAGCAUUACUACACAGAAACAACGCAGUCCCAAUCGAACACCAUCAGCGGCGGGGUUUUCUCGUCUGCCUUUUGUUGGAAAUCAGUACCCAGCAUCGACGCGGGCUCCGAGGGUCGAGACAUCUUUGACGAUGGCGACCGACUCGCAUCGUUUCAUCCGCUGUACACAAUUCCCCAUAAAAAUGCGGAGGCGCUACGGCGAUGGUGCGAGGAGAGGCCAAUCUGA